CUUGCAGCCUUGGUCACACUGGCUCCAAAUCAAUAAAAAAAAAAUAGACAACAUUUUAGGAACGAAUUCAUUAUAAAGGACACAAUGCCAAAGAAAAUGGGAAUCAACUCAAAGGCGGUGGAGGCCCGCGAGCGCAAGGAGGCCACCAAGAAGGCCACGCAGGAGAAGAAGACCAAGGAGGCAGAGGAUCGCCUGUGGCGCGAUGACGAUAAGAAUCUUGCCAAGAAACAACAGCGCAAGGACGAGGAGGAGCGCAAGCGGGCCGAGGCGGCCAAGCGAAAGUCGGAGGCCAAGGCGCUGCUAGACCAGGAAAUGUCCUCCAUCAACACGCAGCGCAAGCAGCCGUUGGCCAAGAUCAACCGCCAAAUGAUUCUUGAGGAGAUGGAGAAGAAGCAGCGCGUAAUCGAGGCCAUCAACGAGGCCAACAAGCCUGUGGCCGCGCGAGUGGUGGUCCAAAAUCACAUCGAGGAGAAUCUAAACCGAUCCAUGGCCGACACGGAUGUGGCGUCCAACAUUGACGAGGCCCUGGUGGUGCUUAGUGUAAAUGACAGCGAAGAGGACAAACAUCCCGAGAAGCGAAUGCGUGCUGCCUAUAAGACCUUUGAAGCCAACAAUCUGCCCCGCAUUAAGGCUGAGAAUCCCUCACUUCGCAUGUCCCAGUGGAAGCAACUGCUGAUGAAAGAGUGGAACAAGUCCCCGGACAAUCCUUUUAACCAGGCGCGCUAAGUGAUCCAAGGACGAAUUUCAUCGACACCGCAACGAGUGUGCGUACUCUAGUGACUGUUUGCUGCCUAGCAGCAAAGAAAUAUUCAAAUCGUUCUGUAGCACCUUUGAACUAUACGCAGAAUGUAGUAUAUAAAAAAAUGUGGACGGAAUAAAUUUAUUUAUUUACUAA